CCUGUGUGAUGUAAUCAAUGCGGGGGGCUGAGAGAGUCACAGGCAGCUAACAGGCACACUGACAACACUGAACCAAAUCACGCACAACACCGCAGCUAGCCGCCACACAAUAGAAACGGAGAGAACAAUAGAUUUAAGAAAAAAAAAUCUGUUUCAAUUUUAUUAAACCAUCAAGGGGGGGGUCUAGUUCCUGCGGAGGGUUAUUACAGUGUCGAUUUAAAACACUGCGCCUCAGUUAAAAUGAGCCAUUUUAGGUGUUUUGAAGCCCCCCGGGAGGAAGAGGAGAACACGUUGUAACGUGCGGAGAGAGAGAGAGAGAGAGAGAGAGGAGAGAGAGAGAGAGAGAGAGAGAGAGAGAGAGAGAGAGAGAGAGAGAGAGAGAGAGAGAGAGAGAAGAGUGAGUGAAUGGGCUCGGCUCGAUCAGCAGCACUGCGCCCUUCACUUUAUAUCCAUAUCGAUCAGUUUGGAGACAUUAUUAAGACCCACAUCGGGUCCGUUUGGCUCGCCUGGGAUCCAGCUGGAGCACCGGGAGCUGCCACGAUGGGACGCCCGUGAAGGUGUGAGGCAGCCCGGGGAGCGAGCAGCAGCCUGCCGGAGAAAGAAACAAGGAAGCGGACGGCUAAACCCGAGCUAACGUGGGCUAACUGUUGGCUAAUAUUGUUUCUAAUGAGCCACCAGGGAGCAUGCGACCUGAUACGGAAAGCUGACUUGUUUGGGGAUGUCGGGAAGUAAGGCGCUGGGCGGGGGGGCUGGAGGGGGCGCACGGCGCAGGCGAACACGGUGCCGGCGCUGCCAGGCCUGCAUGAGGACAGAGUGCGGGGAGUGUCACUUCUGUAAGGACAUGAAGAAGUUUGGAGGGCCCGGCCGGAUGAAGCAGUCCUGCCUCCUGAGACAGUGCACGGCGCCAGUGCUGCCUCACACGGCAGUGUGUUUUGCAUGCGGCGAGGCAGGGAAGGAGGACACGGUGGACUCUGACGACGAGAAGUUCAGCCUCUCUCUGAUGGAGUGCACCAUCUGUAAUGAGAUCAUCCACCCGAGCUGCCUGAAGAUGGGGAAAGCUGAAGGAAUCAUCAACGACGAGAUCCCAAACUGCUGGGAGUGUCCGAAGUGCCACAAAGAGGGCAAGACCAGUAAGGACCAGGCAGACGGCUCGGGGAAGCGCAGGCUGGAUAACGGAGAGGUGGGCCGCUGGAAACUCACAGACGACCCUCCCCCUAAAAAGAAAGCCCCUCCCUCCCUGGAGGAGGGGGGGAGGAUGGAUGGGGGACACAAGAGGAAGAAGGAGAAGGAGCUGCCUCAGGACAGCGGGGCCAAGAAGAAGAUGAAGGGUGCCCACGAAAAACGCCUCAAAAAGAAACCCAAACAGGAGGCGGUGGAGUCCAAUGGCCCUACCUCCUCAGCAGGAGGAGGGACAGGAGGACUACAGGGCUCCUCAAAUACAUCAUCUUCUCAGCCUGGGGGAGGAGGAGGAGGGGGAGGUGUAGGGGGGACAUCGAGUGCAGACCAGCGCUCCCACCACCGGGAGAAACUGGAGCGCUUCAAGAGGAUGUGCAUGUUGGAGCGCCGCCCAGAGUCCUCCUCUUCCUCAUCCUCCAGCUCAGAGUCCGACUCCGAGUCGGACUCUGACGACUCCCUGAGGGGGGACCAGGGGGGAGGAGGCUCCUCACCUUCUUCCUCCUCACCCGCUCCACCUCCCCCUGUUGUCUACGGUAACAGCAGUGGAGGGCGGGCGGAGAGGGAGAGGAGUCGCACUGAGCGCGAGCGAGAGAGGGAGAGGGAGCGGCGGCUGGCCGAGCUGGGCUUCAGCGCCAGCGAGGAGUCAGAGGUGGGAGGGGACAAGGCACGGCGGAGAGGGGGAGGAGGGGAUGUGGUGUUACCUUCUCGAGGACGUAAAGGUGGACUGCUGGACGGAGAUGAGGAGGACAUGCCCACCUCUGACAGGACCAGGAAAAACUCUGCAUCCCUCCCCCCGCCCUCGCCUCUCUCCUCCAAUCAGAUGCCUCCAUCCUCGCAGCAUGAUGGCUUCACAGGGAAGCAGCGCAGCAAUGGGCAGGAGGCCCGCAACGGACGGACACGAGGAGGGACGGGAGGGGGGAGGGAGGGAGGGGAGAAGGAGAAUGCCAGCAGCGUUCUGACCAAUCACAGACACAGUGGGGGAGGAGGGGGAGGGACCAAAGGCAGCGGAAGCAGAGGCAACAAGAUCCGCAGCAACAGUAAGAACCAGACAUCCAGAAACAGCAUCACCUCCUCCACCUCCUCCAUCCCCACCUCAAAUGGGGGAGGGGGAGGCCCCGGGGGAGGCGGCAUGAUGAUGUCAGCCAUGGCGGCGUCUCCCUGCUCGCAGCCGUCCCGCCUCGCCCCGCGCUCUCAGAUGAUGAAGCGCAGCCCUCCCGCAGUGCCGUCGCCGCCCCGCCCCGUUCAGAUGGAGAGACACCUGGUGCGUCCUCCACCCGCCUGCCCCGAGCCAAGCUGCCUGCCGCUGGACUCCGGCUCCUCCCACAUCAUGACACGUGACGUGUGGCUCAGAGUGUUCACGCACCUGAGCCAGAGAGAGUUGUGCGUCUGCAUGAGGGUAUGCCGCACCUGGAGCCGCUGGUGCUGCGACAAACGUCUGUGGAAUCAGAUCGACCUGAGCCGGCAGCGCUCCAUCACCCCCCCAAUGCUGAGUGGUAUCAUCCGCCGACAGCCCGUCUCCCUGAACCUGGGUUAUACCAACAUCUCCAAGAAACAGUUAAUGUGGCUCAUCAACCGCUUACAAGGUCUCCUGGAGUUGAACGUUUCAGGUUGUCCGUGGUCGGCGGUCUCUGCUCUGUGUCAGGCUGUCUGUCCCUGUCUGAAGCUGCUGGACCUCAGCAGAGUGGAGGACCUCAAAGACUCACACCUGAGGGAACUGCUGGCCCCCCCACCUGACACCCGGACAGCUCACGGGGAAACCAGGGUAGGGCGUUUUCAGAACAUGUCAGAGCUGCGAUUGGCCGGUUUGGACCUGUCGGAUGCGUCGUCUCGCCUGCUGGUGCGUUACGUUCCUCACCUGACCAGGUUAGACUUGAGCCACUGUGCCAACGUCACGGACCAGACGGUGCACACCCUCACCUCCCCAAUCUCCCCUCUGAGAGAAAGCCUCACUCACAUCAACCUGGCAGGUUGUGCAAAAGUGACGGAGCAGCUUGUCCCGCUACUGCGUCGCUGCACCUCCCUGCAGACGGUGGACCUUCGCUCCUGCUCCCUCCUCUCCUCCGAGACCGGACAGCUGCUCUCCUUCCCGCUACACGCCUCCUCAUCUUCCUCCUCCACCUCGUCGUCCUCCUCCUCCUCUGCCACUACCACGGUCGCUGCUUCAUCCUGCUCCACGUCCGCCGCCUCCUCCUCCUCUUCCUCCUCCUCCUCCUGUCCUCCCGAAGACAGAACGCUGCUAAAGAACAGCUAGAGUCCUCCUUCAUGUCAUUUGACACUUGAGUCCAGACGGCACACAGGCCCUGCCUCCUUCCUUGUUACACUACAGACAGGUGAGGAAGAAGAGGAGGAAGAUGAGGGAGCUGUGCAACAUUUCUCCUGGUGUUGGGAAAAGAAGAGGAGGAGGAGGAGGAGGGGGGAGGAGAGGGAGGAGAAACAUAUUUUGGGAAAGUUGUCGGUGGUAGUUAAAAAAUAGAAACCCUGAGCAUGUACAUAUUUGUUCUCUGUACAAUUUUGGGUGUGUGUAUAUACCUGUAGUUUACUGUAAAUGACCCUAAACCUUCCCCCAAUACUCCUCUCCUUCCCCCCUUUCCUUCUAUCCUUCCUUCCUUCAGUCCUUCCACCCUAUGACCAAUCAUCACGCCAGACAUCCACCUGCUUGUCAGUAGCUGCAGAUCAGGGGAAACAUGGAAAUCAGUACCUGAUGUUGUCCAGAUUUAGUUGCUGUCGUACGAAAGGUGAUGCUGCCCCCUCAGACCACACCCCCCACCCUCGCCCCACCGCCUCACCCCAUCACUCAAACAAACAGUGAGAGACUCAUCUUCAAGCACAGUCUGACAUUCAUGUUGUUUUAUUCCGAAUCAGUUUCAGGCUAAUACUUAGUCCCUGCAGUUCCCCCUCGCUGUAGAUCCAUAGAGACACUCGCAGGUGUCUUCGCAGGGUUAUUCCCGCCUCAAGCUUCAAAACAGAACUCAUACAUGUUUUAAACUCUGCACUGCAUACAUCAUAGUUACGUUAAAGCUCCCUCAUGCUUCCUCAACUACAUGUUCGACAACGGAGGUAGGCAGAGAGGAAAUAUAGAUCCACAAUGUAACGUUUACAAAUGUUGUGUUUUGUCCAACUUCCAAACACUCCCAGAGAAGGAAAAUCAUGUGGUGUUAUUUUUUGUUAGUUCAAAGGUAAAUAAAUGAACUAUCUGUCGCAGCUCACAGUGUUAGGCAACACAAGUAUUAAAACUUACGUAUAUAACAGAUGUAUUGUGAGGGAGUUAGCCGCACACUUUGCCCAGAGUUCAGUCAAGUCACUGUUUUCUUUGCUGUGUAAAAGGCUUCUACUCAUCCUUCAGUUUGCUGUUAGAGGGAACUUAAUGAAUGUAAAGAGACACCACAGUCGAAUUCAACAUCCAAUCAGAGACAGGGCUGCAGCAUCAGUGUUAGUAGUGAUUGUAAGAAACCAGCGUGAACUAAACCAGUCGGCCUCCAGUCUGCCGUGUGUACAGGAGAGCAGUGCAGGGUUACAUAUGCAAUGACAAUUCACAUCAGAUCCAGUAGAAGUGUUAAAGACCACCUCACCAGACUGAUGCAGAACCUCUGAGCCUACAUAACACUCCUUCAUACCCCAGCACUAAACUCCAAACAGAGUCACGAUAUUUUCAAUUUGGGAGAAUUUAAUUUACAGAUCAGAAGUUAACGCAGGAGGUUUUUUUUUUCUCUGUUCAAGUGCAUUGUCGACCCUUCAGUCUUUCUUGGUGUUCAGACUAAAAGCAGAGUGAUUUUUUUUUUAGUGUGGCCUGGUAACAUCCAGAGUCCCAUUAGGGAUGCAAAUGAAGAGAAUUGAACUUCUUCACUAAGAAGGGGAAUCAGCGUGACAGUUCUGUUGUCACAUUAUAAAUGAUCAAACCAAACUCCAUUCAAAAAUAUAUCAGAAAUUGAUUCCUUAGCGCCAGACAGAUCAGACAAAUCAUUCAUUCUGACUUGUUUACAAAUCUAUUUCCAGCAUCCUUUCAACCUGUUUAUUAAAAUCAAAUCACAGUCAAAUCUCUUUUAUCACUGCGGUAUGCCAGAUUUCAACUCAUGCGUGACUUGUUGGAUUGCUUGUCGCCAGACAGAUUAGACAAAUCACGACUUCUGACUUGUUUACAAAUUCCAGCCAAAGAGGCUCGAGGAAAACAUGAAAAUAUAACUGUUUGCUUUUCAUCUUUUCAAUACAGUCACAAAUAACACAGCUCUGGCAACAAAUCUCUUUUAAAAUUCACAUUAACUGAGAGAACAGAAAGAAGAUCCAGCAGUCAUCCCGCCCGAAACCAACAGGCUUGAUUGUGUUCAUUAUUAAAGAGCGCAUACUUCUGUCUAAAGAAAAGCUGCACAUUAAAUCCUGUUUAUUGAAAUCAAAUCACAGUAAAAUCUCACUUUUGUCACUGCGGUAUGCUAGAUUUCAGCUAAAAUGUGACUUGUUGGAUACAAUGAAACUGAGACUGUGAAACUGAGACUCAGCAGCUGAAAGAGAACAUCAGUACUCGGUGUCCAUCUGAAAAGUCCUGGUACUGAUUUUAGCUAACAGGUCAUCAAGCAGGGCAGCCUCUAGCAGCUGAAAACGACAGGAAAGUCUAUCCAGACACAGUUCAUGGAAAAGGAGCGAACAUUUAACAGGCCAGAUGAUAUUUAAAUCAUCCAGUGUUCAAUGUCGUUCAAUAGCUCAAGAUUAGAAUUUGGCUUAGGUCUGAACACGGCUUACAUCAGACCGCUGAAGACGAUUAAAGGGGAAUAUUUCUUCCUUUUGAUGGUACAAAUCUGUCACUCGAUCGGGUCAGCUUGGUAUUUUCUUAAGACACUGUCCGUCUCUGUUAUGACUGCAGGUGAAGGUUGUUCAGGUGUGGAUUUGGUUACAGGUGUUUUCCUUCCAGUUUCCUAUGUGUGUGUGUGUGUGUUUGUGUGUGUGCAUGUGAGUGUGAUCAGACCGACAGCACCGGGUGUGUUUGAAACUGAGCCUCAGUGUCUUCAGCAUUCGCCUCAAUCAUUCAUCUUCCCUCUUUGUGUUUGUACCUGCUGGGUUUCCCUUCAUAUGUUCCUCUGGGAAGUGAUGAUCGGCUUUUUCUCAGGAGUUUUUUUUUUGUUUUCUCUCUCUUUGAAUCAGGUUUUAAUUUAUUUAGAAUCCACUGCAGCACUCCUGUCAGCCCAAACAGACAUUCCUGCAAAAGAAGAAAAGUUUGUUUUUUUAUUUUUCACACUCUUUUUUUGUAUGCAACAAUCCUUGUUUUCUCUGUGUUUUUUUUUGUUUUUCUACAUGAACAUUUCAUCCUGUGUUUACUGCAUUAUCAAACAUGAAUGAAUUUGAAUCUUUUUUUCUGCAGAGGCCCAUUUCUGCCACAAAAAACAAACAUGAAAAGUAAGAGGGGAAAAAUACUCAUGGCACGUCAAGAUCACUAGAUAUGAAACCAGGAUUUUUGAUAUAAACUUACUGACUCCUUAUCUUCAUGUUAAUGCUUUAUCUGAAGUGAUUCCAUCUCAUAGUUUUUGGUUUAUCUUAUAAUCUUGAUUUAGUCUCACAGAAUUCUGGUCUGUUGUUUACUAUCUAAGUCUUUGCUCAAGAUCUUGAUUUACUAUCAGUCAAUGUAUCAUAAUCAUGAUUUAGUCUCUCAUAAUCUCCCUCCAUUCCUUAAAAUAUCACAAUCCAAUAUUCUUUCAUUCCUGUUCUCAGAAUUCAAACUUGCACAUCUAUCUUGAUUUAUCUCUGGAUCUUGGUUUACCAUCUCAUAAUCUUGAUUGACGAUCCAGUAAUCUUGCGUUAGCUUCACUUUAAGUUAAUACUAGACAGUUUUUAACAAUUUAUAUAAUAUCUUGCUCAUAUCCAAAAUGUAGAUCAUCAUCUCAAUCCAUAUCACUGGUAUUUAUUUUCAAGAUCUUGACUUCCUUUAAAUAUGUUAUCUCUGUUACUAUGUAGUAAUUUCCAAUUCUAGUUUCAGAGUCUGCCUUGGAGAUCUUGUUUUAGUGUAUCAACUUUAUUCACCGGAUGGUAAUCUUGAUUUGCCUUAGGAUCUCAUUAUCCUGUGCCAUUAUCUUAUUAUGGCCAUAAUAUUUAACAUCUCAUGAUUCUGAUUUCACAAGUCAGGACUUUUUCAAAAUCUUGACUCAGUAUUUCAUAAUAUUACAUAACUUAUAAAGGUUUAAAAGUCAAGAUCUUGACUUUCUUUAAAUAUCAUGUUAUCUCAGUUACUAUGUCAUAAUUUCAAAUUCCAGUUUCAGAAUCUGCCUUGGUUGUGUGAUGUUAAAUAAUCCUUUUUGAAGAUUCUUCAUAGAAUAAUCUUGUUCGCUGAGUUCUUGUUUUAGUGUGUCCACUUUAUUCACCGGAUUGUAAUCUUGAUUUGUCGUAGGAUCUCAUUUUCCUGUGCCAUUACUUUACAGUAAGGUCCUAAUCUUUAAUAUCUCAUGAUUCUUAUUUCUAAUUUGAAAUCAUGACUUAGUAUUUUAUAAUAUUACGGAAAUUAUAAAGGUUUAAAUGUCAAGAUCUUGACUUAAAGUUAAAAAUCCUAGCAAUAUCUCAAAAUCUGGAUAUUCCAUGAGUAUUUUUUCCCACAACUCUUCUUCGUUGGUUUAAAUGGGCUUCUGUAGUUUUCUCAGGGGCUUCACUUAUGAAAAAUCAAAUCAGUCAGAUUCUGAACUUCACGACAGAAUCAUUGUUGAAACAAAGUUUUUGGGCUUGUGACAUGUCCAAAAACUCAAUGUGAGCUGCUGAUUCUGGUGGUAAAGACGAACUCUUGAGAUGUUUCAUAAAUGAUGCCCAGAUGUUCAUAUCAGCACAUGCCGCUGUGACUGUCAGGUGUUUGUUUUCUAUUAUUGUGAACUGGCUGUCUCAUCAUGUGAGGCAGUGGCACUGAGGGGAGGGAGGGGAGGGGAGGGAGGGGCAGAAAUAUUAUUGACAUAUUUCAUAUUGUUCUUUUUUUCAAAUGUAUAAGACAAAUCAAACAGCCAAACAAAUCAUGGACCAGAGUUAUUGUGACAAAAAGUACUGAACAUCAGCCGUCAGGGUCGCAUUUGAGCUAGCUUGUCAGGUUCAAGGGUUCUGUCGGUUACUGUUGCAUUACCUCUGCUGCAUUGUUCUCAGAGGAAAACUGUGGAACAAAGACAUAAAGUAGAACCUCAAUGUUUUCUUUAGCUUGAGGGAUCAAGAAGAAAGACAGCCACAAUCACUGUUAGCCAAUGUUAGCUAGAGAGAUAAACAAGAUGUUAUAGGAGGUGAAAGUCAAUGUGAUUUUAUUUUUUAUUUUUUGCUUACCUUUGAUCUGCUACAAAUUAUCCAUUUUUGCCUGUUAGUAACAUAACGGCUCGUUAGCUAGCUAGUGUUAGCUUGUGUUAAGCAGCAGAUGCUAAUAACCACUCUGACAAAAUAAAAUGGCGGAACAAAUGUGUCAAGAAUCCAAAAUGCUAAAAAAAAUCCAUUUUAAGCCAAAGGAACAAUUUAUGCUAACAUUAGCUCAAGAGGCGCAACAUUUUUUUUGUACCCCUUAUAAAGACUACUUUUAAUGGGCUUACUUAUUUAGCAACUAAUUAGCAAGUUACGCCAAAAAGCUCUGAAUCAUUCGCUAACUAGCACAGGUUUGCUCAAGGAAGUUUGCUAAUAGGUCAAAAAACGUUAAACAAGUAACUUAAGAAUAAUUGAAUUACUGCAUGGAGACCAAUCAUGCUAACGGAAGUUUAUCCGAAAACUUGUAAUUACUUAUUCAUCACAAAGACAUACAAGGGUUUUGAAAAAAACUUCCACACCUUUAAACUUUUUUCAAUUAAAAUAACUAAAAAAUUGGCGAACUUAUUUGCUAGUUUGUUCGCUUAAACGAAAACUAGUCAGCUAACUAGCAUAUGCUCACAGAAAAAGAGCAUUGGAUUUUGGUGGAUUGGAUAAGGAUGUUAAAAAUUAUUUGACUUUUAAAGUUUAACUGUUUAAAAAAAAGUCUUAAAGAAGUUACAGAGGAAAGAUAGGCUAUUUUUAGCUCAGAGCUCAAGGGACAAACAAGCUAGCUCUUUCCAUGUUAGCAUCAGAAAUGUAAUCCCAAGUCAAUUUAACUCUACAUUAAAAACCUGAAGCAGUGACACAAUUAUAACCAAAACAAUUUGAUAAGUUUGAAGCAUUUAAGAAGAAAUCCACAUACCCACUGCUUCUUGAUGUUAUUUUUUAUUGAGGACUUAUUCUGGGGUUUGACUCUUCAGACUAAAAUUAGUAUUUUUCCCUGUUAAAUUGUUUUAUGAGCCAGUUUUGUAGCAGUGCAGUAGAGGUAAUACAACAAUAAACUUAACUACAUUCGCCUGUGGUUCCUGUUAGCUGCUGGAGGUUUUUCGGCCCUCUGAAAUCCAGAAGUGAAAGUAUUAGAAGUGAAAUAUUAAAUUGCCAUGUUGUACGCCUUGUUGUGCCAUACACACACCAGAUCAACGUUUUACUGUGUUCAAUCUGAAUGGGUCAGUUUUUACAUAUUUUUUUUUUAUAAUGCUGUUGUGAUUUAGUUGUUUUUUUUACUGUGACAUUGACGCCUCACUGUUCUGUUAAUGAUGCAUAUCACAGCUUCAAACUCUGCCUAGCAACAAGUGAGGAGAUCAAACCUGAUUGGACAAUUACCUGACUCCCCUGAAAGCUCUUAUCCAAUCAGACGCCCAAACAUAUCUCACCUUUCUUCUUAUCUUAGUAAAAUCUCUCAUGUCUUUAUGGAUGUUAAGAUGCACUGGAUCAUCAUCACCGUCAUCAUCCUCACCUUUUGCCAAAUGUAGUUUUCGUUGUGAAAAGGGGCAUUUUAUCCCAUUUUUUUUUCUUUGUUUGCUUUUUGUUCUUUUUUAUACUUUGUCCAUGACUCUUCCGUUGUGUUGAUGAAAAAAAUGAGGAAGAAGUUGGAACAAAAAGUGAAAAGACACAAAAAGACCAACUCAAGGCAGCUACGUAUGAGUGACUACUGUAAAAUGACUAACUAAUAAAGAAGCAAUGGGUUUGUUUUUACA